AUGGCUCGCUCGACGCUCUUCCGCCGGGCCCACCUCGUCGGGUACCCUCAAGACUGCGAGUACACGGUGCUCGUGCGCGACGGCGUCGUCUCGGCGAUCCAGGAGGAGGGAGGUUCGGAGGAGGGAGCUGAUGAGGAGCUCGACCUCGCAGGAGCGUCCUUCGUCGCCCCUUCCCUCGCCGAUCACCACACCCACUUCGCCUCGUGGUCCCUCUCCCAGCAGCGCGUCGACCUGUACACGGCCACCUCGGCCGCCGAGGUCCUCGAGCGCAUGCGUGCAUGGCUACCCGGAGCGCGCGAGCGCCAGCCGAACCCGCACCUGUUCAUCGUCGGUCAGCGCAUGCGCGUCGGCGAGUGGCCCGACCUCGCCGACAUGAACCGGCUCGCGCUCGACCGCCUCGAGGACGUGCGCCCACUCGCCAUCUUCUUUGCCGGGUUCCACUCGCUGUGCGCCAACUCGAAGGCGCUCGUCAAGCUCGGCAUCGAGCCAGAAGGUCACGACGGCGUCCUCGAGGAGGCCGACUGCUUCCGCGCGUGGACCAUCAUCAACGAGGUGCCCGAGGACGUCAAGGACGCAGCUGUCGCAGACACGGCGCGCAAGACGGCCGCCCAGGGCAUCACCGAGAUCCUCGACCUCGAGAUGGACUUCAACAUCGCCGCGUGGCAGCGUCGAGUGCGUGACAAGGGCAUCAACCAGCUGCGCGUGCGCUGCGGCAUGUACUGGAUCCAUCUCGGCCCGGCCCUCGCCGCCGGGUACCGCACGGGCGACGUCCUGCCCGACACGGACGGCCUCGUCACGGUCGGCCCGUCCAAGUGGAUCACCGACGGCUCGCUCGGGAGCCGCACGGCGUGCUGCCACGACCCGUACCCGGGCGAGUCCGGCGGCAAAGGCCAUUUCGAGUACGAGCCCGAGGCGCUCCUUGACGGCAUGCAGACGGCGACGCGAGGCGGCAUGACGCUCGCCGUGCACGCCAUCGGCGACCGCGCCAACGAGCUCGUCCUGCAGGCGUUCGCCAAGCUCGACCCGUCAGCCCUCCCCGGCUCGACGAUCGAGCAUGCCCAGCUCCUCGCCCUGUCGGACCUGCCCCUCUUUGCGCGCCUCGACCUCGUCGCCAGCAUUCAGCCGACGCACAUGGCCGACGACCGCGAGCUCGCCGAGCAGUUCUGGCCCGGCAGGACCGGGCGCGCGUUCCCGUUUAAGGCACUCGUCGACGCCGGCGCAACGCUCAAGCUCGGCUCGGACGCGCCUGUCGCACCCGUCGAUCCCUGGGACGCCAUGGCGGUCGCCAUCUCUCGCUCGGGCCGCGGUCAAGGGCAUCUCCCGCCGUGGCACCCCGAGCAGGCCAUCUCACCGCUGCAGGCCUGGACGGCGUGCACGUCGAGCGGCAAAGCGCGCCUCGAGGUCGGCGACCGCGCCGACUUGAUCGUCAUCGCCAAGGACCCGCUCACGGUGAGCGCCGAGGAGCUGCGCAACAUGGACGUGCGAGGGACGAUGCUCGACGGGCGAUGGACCCACUUUGCGCUGUAGACGAGAUCGAAGUAGAGAAGUGCAUCGAGCAGACCAAGCUGUAUUU